AUGCCCUCAUUAGCCGACCAGACGUCAGCUGCUGUGAAAAUCCAGGGGUUGCCGCGAGCGAAAAAGGCCUUCAAGAAACAUCUUGAAGAGAGGCGCAAUUACAUGAACCGCAUACCGAGGACAACUCAUGCAGCUGAGAGAGCCCCAGUGGACGUGGUGCCGACAAAUUGCGUUUGCCCUCUGAGCUCUUCGUCGGUUCAUGAAAAGCUAUCAGCAUUAUCUCCUCAUUUAUGUGCAUAUUUGGUAAUUGAUGCACAAGGGCUGGCAGCCAUACUAGACAUUUUUGAGCAGAAAACUACUGGCCGCGGUCCUGCCACUGCAGAAAUUCUAGUCAUACUGCAAGAAGUUUUUCUCCGAAUAGUUCAGUGCUCACAUCCUUCGGUCAGCGCAGAAGUGGAUGCUAAUAUAGGAGAUUGUGUGAGAGUUUCACUUCACAUAUUCCAUGCGUUUUACAAUAAUCCUGUGAUCGUGCACGGCUUUGGACGUGCAAUAUUGGCACUAUAUCGUCGACCGAGUGCCAAGCCACAUUUCGAAAAAGCAAAAUUCUACCUCAACUACGCGUCUAAAAGGUUCGCUCGUUUGGCUGGCACUGAUCCACGCAAAAUCAUGCUGUCAGAAAUGAGGAACGAGAUGUUGUCUAAAUGA